GCUAUCCUUCGGAAGGAGCACUUCAUCGGUUUUCACGCGAUGCGCUUUCAGCAUGUUCAUUCUCGCGCGCGUCAGUUACACAAAGUAUACAUGGAUGUGAUUUUCGUGGGCGAUAUCAAUGUUAAUUUUUGAAAUUUGAACCUCAAUUCUAGGAUUUAUCACCCGUGGAUGCACAAAUAUUGAAGCGUGAUUGAUAAUUUGUGCAAAUAGAAAAUGUCCGGAAUAAAUAAUACAGAGUGAGAAAGUUCAAAUUUAAGUUCGUGAGAAACUAUGAUGUUAGUGUAGUUCUAAUUGUUGUACCACCUAAAAAAGUGUAAACCCGUUCCGAUGGUUUCGGUAAUGUGCAACUGAGAAGAUGGAAACGCUGUGGACCUUGUUUCUAGUGUGGUGUGUGUUGUGUCUCUACGAAUUAACGGAUGCAGCCAGGUGGGCGCAUUCGGCGAUGCUUAGUCCCGACUAUAGGCUUCUGUGGUCGUUAGGGCCAAGCCCGCAAGACAUAACGUUCGAACUUCAAGUGAGGACAUUAGGUUACGUAGGGUUCGGAUUCUCAAAGGACGGUAGAAUGGCCGGUUCUGAUAUGAUUGUCGGUUGGGUCGAUCAAGGACAAGUAUAUUUUCAAGACCGGCAUGUAAAAGAGUCGCCCGCAAGCGCCGCGGAUCGUGAACCGGAAGUUGACCCCAGUCAGGACUAUCAACUUCUCCUCGGAUAUGAAAAUAAUACUCAUACCGUGCUACGUUUUAGAAGGCGACUAGACACUUGUGAUCACCACGAUGUUCCUAUUACGAAUGACACUAUGCGUAUAGUAUGGGCUUAUCACCGGAAUGAGCCUGUGGGUGGAUUAGUCGGUCCAGGAUCAUUACCCCAACACGACGUCGAGUCGCGGGGUAGUCAAUCUUUAUAUUUGGUUCAACGAGCGGAUCAAGACGCUCCAGGUCCCGAGGAGACAACGCGCACGUGGGAGUUACGCAACCCGUCGGUACAAUCACCGGCGCCCGGGGAUACCCUCUAUUGGUGUAGGGUGUUUCGUCUCCCUACACUUUCGCGGAAGCAUCACCUUAUUCGGUACGAGCCCUUGCGAGGCGCUAGGACGGCGAGCGGACUACAACACGUUGUCCUAUACGAAUGUCAGGAGACAUCCCAAGUUGAGCAUUUGGCCGGAACGCCCGGGAGACAGUGUUACGAGACAGGCUCUCAACCUUUAGCUUGUAAUACUGUCGUUGCUAGCUGGGCACGGGGAUCGGAAGGUUUCAGUUUCCCUCCAGAAGCCGGAUAUCCUUUCGAACCGUCUGCUAGUCGGUAUUAUCUCCUAGAAACGCACUAUAUAAGUCCUUAUGAUGACAAUUUGGGAGGUUUGGAAGGUUCCGGGUUAAAAUUAUAUUAUACUCCGGAGUUGCGUCGACAUGAUGCUGGAGUUAUAUCUGUUGGAAUAGAUCCUAACUGGCGUCAUAUUAUACCGCCGGGACAACAAAGGGUUGUCUCUUCCGGACAUUGCAUAUCCGAAUGUACAAAGCAAGCAUUUCCGAAAUCCGGUGUGAAUAUGUUUGCAGUUGUGAUGAGAACGCAUAGAAUUGGUAGACAAGUAGCUCUGAGGCAUGUUCGAGACGGAGUGGAGCAGGCUCCUAUUGCGAGCGAUGACAACCUCGACGCUGAUUAUCAAGAGUACCGAAAACUGAUAGCACCCGCUAAAAUACUACCUGGAGACCACUUAAUAGCGGAGUGCACUUAUAACAGUUCAGGAAGAUCAGCAAUAACGCUCGGCGGGUUAACAAGUAGAGAGGAGACAUGUUUAGUUAUGGGACUUUACUAUCCUCGACAACGUUCUUUGGCAGCCUGCCACAGUUUGCCAAGUUUACCAACUGUUUUACAUUCGCUCGGCAUUCAAGAGCUUAGCCCCGGAUCAAAUCCCGUGCGCAUAUCGGCACCCCCGGAGCUGGCAGGCAUGACACUAGAAUCUCGCCUCGUCUCCUACGAUUGGGAAAAUCAAUUUCAAAGUUUUCAAGAGGCUACGAAAAGGGGAUCCUUCAAACCGCUAUGUUGGACGACACAGUCAACUUUGUUACCCGGCACGGACAUACUGGAGGCGCACUAUCCGAACAUCACUAAACCUUUUUUACGUAGCAGUAGCGAUCAGUGCAACUAUAAAAAGUAUAGUACGGAAGGUUGGUUGUCGGGUACUCCAUUAAUUGAACUUGAUGGUAACCACAUCGAGGGCGCAGCACGAAGCAAAGUGUCACGAAGCAGUAGUCCGGCAGCUGUUGAGGAAUCCUUAGGACUGAGUCGUACCAAUUCUGGGGUCGUGACGCAGAUUUCUAUAUUCAUUGAAGUCGCAUUAUUACUGCUGACCUUUUUGUACCGCUAAAUGUGAUCUCUUAAAAUAAUCUAAAUCCUUUAGACUGGAUAGAUAAUAUUUCAACAAGUCAAGUCAUAGGGGCCUGCUGUGAAGAUAAUCAGUGAUGUUGAGAUGAGUGAAUGUGUUAGUGUAUGUAUCGCGUGGUUGAAUUACAAGACUUAAGUGGCGGCUUCCAGACUUUCUGUUGUUAUUAAUUGAUAAAACUAAUUUUAAUUGUUUAUUCGUUAUUGUGCAAUUAAAUCAGCCGUGAUUAUUUUGUGACUCUGUGCGUGGAAAUGGAGCCGUCAUUCUAGUCCGUUAAAUGUAGAGACAUGUCGGAUAUUGUAUAUUAUAAUGAAGUGAUGUUAAAUGGGACUAACGAGAGACAAGAGAGCGCAUAUUUAAACUGUGUUAGAUACUUAUCACAUUUGUCACCUAAUCGGAUACGAUCCGCCAUUUGCGCCGCCGUCUGGAGCUGUGAUGCAAGUAGAAUAAGCACUUAGAAAGUUUCCGUUUCUAUGUUCUUCGUUUGGUUGCUAAAAUUGUUAGGAUUUUAUCACACCCUCCUAUUCUUUCCACUUUUAGUUUCCCCCUUUGUAAUUACGUGUAAAUUCUUAAUGCAAUCGUUUUUGUAUUUAUUAGUCUCGACUGGUGCUAUAUAAUUUUUAAUGUACCCAUUAUAUGUACUAUACUUUUAUUUAUUAUUACCGAUAUGGAUACUUGUUAGAAAGAAAUGAUUCUGUACAGUGUAGAUAAACUCGUGUAAUAUAUUUUAUAAAUAAAUCUCGAAGAAUAAAUAGCUAGCAAUAACAUUA